UCGGAGCGUCCCUGCGCCUUCCGCGCUCGCACGCCCCUGGCCCCCAGCACGCGGCCCGCGCUCGCACGUGGGCCCGCACAGGACGUCCUCGCCUGCGGGAGGGAGAGCUGACCACAGGGUCGCGGCUGGUCAACCAGAAUAAAGAUCACACUUCUUAACUUCCCUUGCAGAAUUUCUCAGCCUUGAGAUUCAACACAGGUGUGACUUAGUAGAACUCCAUUCUACCACUAUGAAGAAAAGUGGUAUUUCUUUCCUCUUGGGCAUCAUCUUCCUGGUUCUGAUUGGAGUUCAAGGAACCCUAAUAAUGAGAAAUAGACGCUGUUCUUGCAUCAACACUGGCCAAGGGACCAUCCAUCUACAAUCCUUGAAAGACCUUAAACAAUUUGCCCCAAGCCCAUCCUGCGAGAAAACUGAAAUCAUUGCUACAAUGAAGAACGGAUAUCAAACAUGUCUAAACCCAGAUUCAGCAGAGGUGAAGGAAUUGGUGAAAGAGUGGGAGAAACAGGUCAGCCAAAAGAAAAAGCAAAAGAAAGGGAAAAAAUAUCAGAAAAACAAAAAAAUUCUGAAAGUUAAAAAAUCUCAACAUCCUCAUCAAAAGAAGACUACCUGAGAGACCAUUUUACCAACAAGCACCUGGUGUUAAAAAUGUUUUGUAAUGAUACUGAAAUAAUUUCAAAAGGGGAUGGCAUCUAAUACAAAGGAUUGUUAAUUUGAUUAGAAAAUUUAAGGCAUUAUGAAAGAUUUAAAAUUUAAAGCAUUAUGAAAUUGUAACUAAAGCUAGAAGGUUGGUUUUAAAAGUCCAAAUGUUAAGAAUGG